CCGCAACACGCUCAGUACGCAUGUGCGGCUCUCAAAGGCGGCUGGUGACAGACUGUACAUGCCGAGCGUGAGUGAAGAUCAAGAGACACAACUAUGGACCAGACACGAAAACCACGACCGCCGAAUCCUCGAGAUGCGGCGGGACUCCUCAGCAAGAUGGUGUUCUGGUGGAUCUUGCCGCUGAUGAGACUAGGUCACAGUCGACCCUUGGAGGUACAGGACCUCUACCGUGUACAGGAGCAGGACGCUUCCUUGGGUCUGGGUGACAGAAUGCAAAAAAGUUGGGAUGAAGAAGUAGAGCGCAGUAAAGCCAAGGGGAAGAAGGCCAGUUACGUUAAAGCGGUUAUCCGUGUGUUUGGAUGGGAGUACGCGCGUGUUGGUAUCCUCGCAGCCUUUGAGGAAUGUGUCCUCAGGGUAGCCCAGCCUCUCUUGCUUGGUGGUUUGAUCCGCUAUUAUGACAACCGCUCUGUCAUGAGCUUCACCUCUGGGGUGGUGUGUGCAACUGGCAUUGUUGUUAUCGCUGUGCUACAUAUCUUUGUCUACCACCCAUUCAACUUCAAAUGCCGCCGCAUCAGCCUGCAUGUGAAGACGGCAUCUUGUGCUCUCAUCUCCAGAAAGGCAUUACGCUUGAGCAAGGUGGCCUUGGGUAAAACAACAAUUGGUCAGAUGAUUAACUUGUUAUCAAAUGACGUAAACAGAUUCGAUGCCAGUUUCAUCUUUUUGCAUUAUCUUUGGAUUGGUCCCCUUCAGACGAUGAUUGUGUUAAGUAUCCUCUGGACUGAGCUGGGACCAUCUUGCUUAGCGGGACUUGUGAUUCUUAUUCUCUUCGUGCCUCUUCAGACUUGGAUGGGCAAGGUGUUCUCUAAGCUGCGGCUGGCUACUGCACACCGCACAGAUGAGCGUGUGCGUAUAAUGAAUGAAAUAAUCAACGCCAUGCGAGUCAUCAAGAUGUACACGUGGGAGAAGCCUUUUACAGUCCUUGCAGAAAAGGCAAGGAAGUCUGAAAUUGACGUGAUUAUGAAGACAAACUAUUACCGUGCGAUAAUCAUGUCUCUCUUCUUCACCUCGUCAAAAGUUAUAGUCUUCCUCUCUCUUCUCACUUACAUCCUCACUGGCAAUGUUCUCACAGCAGAAAAGAUCUUUGUCACGUCCUCACUCAUCAACAACAUUCGCCUUGUGAUGACGCUCUUCUUUCCCUUUGGUAUUGCUCUAGGUUCAGAAACUGUAAUAUCCUGCAAGAGAAUACAGAAGUUCCUGGAGAUGGAAGAAAGAGAAGAAACAAGUCGUGUACAGAAGAGCAACCUUAGACCAAAACCGAAGGAUUGUGGGCUGACGGUAUCAGACUUGACUGCAAAAUGGAGUGAUGCUACAGAAGAGAACACCCUGAGCAGUGUCUCUUGCUCUGUAAAGUCUGGAGAGUUGUUGGCUGUUAUUGGUCCUGUUGGGUCUGGAAAGGGGUCACUUCUUCAUGCAAUCCUUGGAGAGCUUCCUGCUAAAGGUGGAUCAAUUUCCAUCAGAGGAAGAGUGGCAUAUGCAUCUCAAGAGCCGUGGGUAUUCUCUGGGACUGUGCGACAAAAUAUUCUUUUUGGGCAGCGAUAUGAUGAAAAGAGAUAUAAUGAAGUUAUUAAAGUUUGUGCCCUGGAACAAGAUCUGGAACAGUUUCCUCAGAGGGACAUGACAAAAGUUGGUGAGCGCGGUGUAUCUCUGAGUGGUGGCCAGAAAGCCAGGGUCAACCUUGCAAGGGCUGUAUACUAUGAUGCAGACAUCUACCUUCUCGAUGACCCUCUCAGUGCAGUAGACACGCACGUUGGACGACACUUGUUUGAUAACUGUAUUAUGAAACACCUCAAACAUAAAGCUCGAAUUCUUGUGACACAUCAGCUGCAGUACCUCAAACCUGCUUCACAAAUUCUUGUUUUGAGGGAGGGCCAUACAGAAGCCAUUGGGGGUUACCACCAGCUGGCCAACAGUGGAAUAGACUUUGCAUCUUUGAUGUCUGAAGGUCAAGAGGAUGAGAAAUUGUCUUCACCAUCUCGAGAGCCCAGCACACGCAGCGUAAAGAAGAAUGGUGUCAUCCCAAAUGGGAGAGUCUUUCAGGAUUCAGAUAAAUUUGGAUCAUCUUGGUCACUGCGCCGAAAGGGACGUCUUAAUUCUGAGUCAAGUAUGUGUUCUCUCCAUGACUCUGUUGAAGUGGAGAAUGUCCUGACCAUCUCUGGUGCACACAUAGCUGGGUCAUCCCUCUCUCUUGGUGACAAUGUCCAGGACACAACAGUUAACAAUAAAAAGCAUCACCGAAGUGAAAAAAGACUCGACUACAUCCAAGAGGAGAAAUCACAGCCACUGCUGAAUGACACAGAUGACGGUGCUGAGAAAGAUGAAUCGCAAGACAAUACCAACUCAGAGAUGCGAUCAGAAGGCUCUGUUAAAGGUACCAUUUACCUUGAAUAUUUCCUGGCUGGCGGUGGGUGGGUCCUCGUCAUCAUUCUCUUUGUCUCGAGCAUAGCAACACAAGUUCUCUUCUCUGGAACUGAUUACUGGUUGUCAUAUUGGGCUAAUGGUGAACAGAUGCGUGCCCACCUCGCUAUAGAGUCGAAUGACACCGUUGUGAAUCUCUCCGGGAAUGACUCAAGUUUCUCGUACAGCAGCGCUCCAGUACCAGAUGGCUAUUUGGAUACAGUAACUAAUGUUUACGUAUAUGCUGGCUUGACUGCUGGACUAUUUGUACUGUCAUUGGGCCGAACAAUACUCUUCUUCGUUAUGUGCAUGACUUCAUCACGAAAACUCCACAAUCGCAUGUUCCAGUCUGUCAUCCGUGUUCCAAUCAAAUUUUUUGACACCCACCCAAUUGGACAGAUACUUAAUCGCUUCACAAAGGAUAUCGGCCAGAUUGACGAGUCUCUACCUGGGACAAUGUGGGAUUUCAUUGAAGUUCUUCUUAACUUCCUUGGUAUUAUUGUGGUGAUCGCCUCUGUCAACAUAUGGGUCAUCCUCCCUACCCUGGGUCUUGGCAUUAUCUUCGUCUUUCUUCGCCGUUUUUACCUCUGCACAGCGCGUGAUGUAAAACGUCUUGAAGGCAUCACUCGCAGUCCUGUGUUUUCCCACCUGAGUGCAUCUUUACAAGGACUCACCACCAUCAGAGCAUUUGAAGCCCAGCAGAUUUUCAGGGAUGACUUUGAUAAUCACCAGGAUCUGCAUUCCUCAGCCUGGUUCCUGUUCUUAUGCACCACUCGAUGGUUCGGCAUUUGUCUUGACUGGAUCUCUGGAUUGUACAUCGGUAUUGUCACUUUCAGCUUCAUGGGCAUGUCAAAUGUCCUUGGUGGAGAUAUCGGUUUGGCCAUCUCCUCUGCUAUGAUGCUGUCUGGAAUGUUCCAGUGGGGAGUACGACAGUCUGCAGAAGUUGAAAAUCAAAUGACCUCUGUGGAGCGCGUGAUUGAGUAUUCACACUUGGAACCUGAAGCUCCUCUGGAAACUGAGAAAGACAAACUCCCAAAACCCGGCUGGCCUGAGCAUGGUAUCAUCACCUUUGAGGAUGUUUCUUUACAAUACAAUGAGACAGAAGCUCCAGUACUUAAGAAUCUACAUUUUUGCAUCCGGGCAAAUGAAAAGAUUGGCAUUGUUGGUAGAACAGGAGCAGGCAAGUCCUCCAUGUUGACAUCACUCUUCCGUCUAACUGAACCAUCAGGUGCCAUCCGCAUUGAUAGUGUGAACAUAAAGGAGCUGGGCCUGCAUGAUGUACGUGGUAAUAUCUCAAUAAUACCUCAGGAUCCUACUUUGUUCUCUGGUACUAUGAGGAAAAAUUUGGAUCCAUUUAAUGAAUACAACGAUGAACAGCUCUGGAAAGCACUGGAAGAGGUUCAACUAAAGGAAGCUGUGUCUGACCUAGUGGGAGGUCUCGAAGCAGAGAUGUCGGAGGGCGGCAGUAACCUCAGUGUCGGGCAGCGACAACUUGUGUGUUUGGCUCGGGCCAUCCUUAAGCACAACAUGAUCCUCGUACUUGAUGAAGCAACAGCCAAUGUUGAUCCAAGAACUGAUGGGCUAAUUCAGCAGACAAUUAGAUCAAAGUUUAAAGACUGCACUGUGCUUACCAUUGCUCAUCGCUUACACACAAUCAUGGACUCUGAUCGUGUGAUGGUUCUUCAAGCUGGUAUGAUUGAGGAAUUUGAGGAACCACACAUCCUUUUGAAAAAGGAUAACUCUAUGUUCACGGCACUUGUUCAACAAUGCGGCGCAGCAGCAGCAGAACAGUUGCGUCAGAUUGCAGAAAAGGCUUAUAUUGAACGACACGGGCUCAAUGCUUCAGUAGAGACAACGAAUGGUGAAAAUAAAGUUGGAAGAUGUGAUAAUUUGUCGCUCGAAGACACUGACUUAAGAACUGAAACCAACAGUGAAAAUAAGUUGGAGAGCACGAAAAAAAAUAGCUGAGAUGUGAUUUAUCUGAUGUCUUGGUUUUGAUAAAAGUAAACAAGACUGAUGAACAACAUGGAAAAAGUGACAUCAGUGUAUUAGUUCAGAUUGAAAAGUUCCUGUGAUGAGAAUCUGGACUGUAUGUCAAAGUGUUGUUGGAUAAAAUAUUUUCGUGGUGACUACUGUACCUAAUAGCAGGGAUAAAAGCACUUAUUGUUGUAUAUAUAAGAGGAGCUUCCAUUUUCAUUUGUUGCAUUUUACUGUAUGCAGGAAUCCAGUAUAUAGUUAGGAUUUAAUUCACAAAUCAUGGAUGGUUUUCAGUGCCACAGAACAGUGUUGAGGUCAAUCCCAGUCAACUACGAGUGGGGCAAUGUUGUCAAGUUACCAGAGAGGCUUAUUAUUUUACGGGUUUUUUAAUAAUUAUGUGUUCAAAUUAACUGACGGUGAAUAGGGACCAAUUGUUUGUGCAUGCAGUACAGCAUCUGAAAUAUAUUGUACAGUUGCCUUCACUACAUCUACACCAUACCUAAGAUAGUCUCACUGAAUCUCUUAUUUAAAAUGCAGUACAGUAUGAACUCACUUUGGUGUAAGACAGGAGUUAUAAUGAUGUUUUAUGUCCCCUCUUGAUCCUUCUGUUGUUGUGUAACCAGUGUAGGCAGCUUACAUGUACAAGUUAAUAUGUUUAGUUAAAAGUAAGAUUAAGGUAAAUUUUCAAUUUAUACAUCUAGAGUCCUAGACUGUGAUUCCAAAACUAUGUUCCAUGGAACAGCGCAUGAUUGUUAUGCAUUUAGAAUCUUGACAAAUCCUGUAUUAAGAUGCACACCUAAGGAUAGGGUUAUGAGUCUCUGGCCAUAAUAAAGAUUUGACCAAUAAUUGUGAAAUGAUGUGAGUAAAUAAUUUAAAAGCA